AUGACGAAAAUUGAUCUUAGGAUUGAUCGCGUAAAAAAACCCUUAGAACCGCCAUAUGAAGGACCAUUUUUAGUAUUACAACGAACGCAAAAAUUUUUCACGUUAUUAAUCAAAGGUGAACAUGUAAAUAUUUCUAUUGAUCGAAUUAAACCAGCCUAUAAGUUAACACAUUUUGACACUUCUGAUGCUCCAUUGCCAUCAACUGUUAACAGUCCUGCAUCUUGUGAACCCAAAAGAAGUGACUCAACUGAAAGGAUGCAACAUAAGAAUGCAUUAAGUGAUUCAACAAAGGACGAGAAACUGCCUGCUUUAACCACACAAACACGUUGUGGAAGGAAAAUAAAACGACCUUGGACGCUGCAUUUAUGA